AUGACCAGUUUGUUCACCAAUUGGAUUGGCUCCAACAAGCUCAGUGGUGAUGUCGAACAAGGUCCCAGCGAUCCUACACGGUCUCGAGCCCCAAGUUCCGCAUCCAAUCCAAUGUCACCAAUCGACCGUGCCGCCUCGCUGACUCCCAAAGCUCCCUUUCAGCCCAGCACGCAACCCAACUGGUCUUUAAUCGCCUCGCGCGAGCACCACCGCGAGGCUUCUGAGGCCACUCUCAACGGUCGCACAAGCGAGGCGUCUCCAUCAGAGCAUCUUGCUACUGCUUCCCAUCCUCACAUCACUGAUUUGGUCAAACCAAGUGCCAGCAGGCCCACGUCGAUGGCCAACAGCUCAGAGCUCAGCCAGGAACGUCUCGAACGCCUCACAGCGCUCGGCUCCACUCUCGGCGGCGUCGACAGCGAAGCAGCCUGGAGCGCCACACCCUCCGAAGCUGCGCGCAGCUCCGUACCGCGACGUCGCAAGAAAGUCGCCCCUCCCGAGCUGCUCGUCAUUGUCAAGCCGCCUCCCAGCAAACAGACCAACCCGCUCAACCUCCAGAUCCAAUUGGUUAUGCCUCAGCAACUCUUCUCUCGCCGCGAUGGCUCGCAACGUCGUUCGUCUAUCGACUCGUCCGCUGCAACCGCCGAUCUUCCUCCCACUCCUUCCAACGAGCUACGCAGAAGAGAUUCCAUCGCCUCGACACGCUCAGCAGGCUCCGAAUUGUCAGCUGCUGGCUCGGUAGCAUCAGCUGGCUCAGGUCGCCGCGUCACGCCCCUCUACAACCUCAAUUUUCACCAAAUACUCUCCACCACCGUCAGCGACGCAGGCACAGACCAAAAGGUAGCAAAGUAUGUCAAAAGGGGCAUCGAUCUCGACGGCUUCGGCAUCCUUGAGCCCGCCGAGCUCAUCCACGGCGUCAACGACCUUGCAAGUCUCCAAAGAGCAGCCGCCAUCGACAAAGGCAAUUUGGCCGUGCAGACUGGAAUCGCCACCAACAUCUCUCCUCAAAGCGAGACCGACUCGUCAGGCGGAGCCGGCGGCGCUGUCGACGACGCUUCCGCGUUUUCAGCGCCAAAUCGCGAUGCAACCAGCUCCACGGUCGCGUCUUCGACUACCGAGCCACCCACCUCAUUCCAAGCCAUGACACCAGAAGCUCGUGGUAUAGAGGCGAAUCUUGGCGGAAAACUGUUGGGCAAAUUCAAAAAGUUAUCGCUUGGCGUACGACCUGCCAGUGCUUCAGCGGCUAGCGGCGCCUUUGGUCGCGAUACUGCCUCUGCACAGGCGCGCACGAUAGUAGCUGCACCCGCCGCCGCUUCGAGCCUGUUUGGCAGGCUAUCUACCAGCGACGCCACCAGAGGCCAGCAAAGCAGCGAUAUUCCACAGAUGCAGCCAGGUGCAGGCGUCGUCGACGGCAAGCGUACAGAAGGAUACUUCUGGACGGUGCGCAAAUGGAAUCGCAAGGCGCAUGACGGUGCUCCGGCUAACUUUGCCGGCCGAAGCUCGACGUUGGCCUCGCCUUCGAUAGAUGCACCCGGCUGCAACCCAGUGCUAACCAAUGUGUGGACCCGUUUCAACCUGGUCAACCGCAUGGGCGGCAACGAGCCGCAUCCGCCGCCUUCGCAGAUCCCCGUGCGUUUCGAAUGGUCGCGUUACUCGAAAAAGUGGUCCAAGUGCCAACAGGGGAGGGAAGCUCAAGCUCAAACUCGCGCAAGGCUGCGAGCGAGCGUCUCGCUGAAUGCUUCUGUCACCAGCAUUGAGCGUCAAUCUGGACUCGAGGCGAGUCGGAGCAAUGCGUCUCUGCCUCGUCAACAACAUCUGGCGACCACAUCGACAUCGGCGCAGUCGCUUGGAGAUGCCGAGGCUGCGGUUGCACGCCUGAGCACUGGCGAUGCUGCUCGCGCGAUCUCGCGACCGUCGUCUUUCAUCUCUGGCACUGGCCACCGUUCGCCGCGACGCUCCGCCGAUACUUCGGCUGCUGGCUCGUCAGCCCCCCACGGCGACGAGGACGCCAACUCGGGAGACGAAUCCGACCCGGAAGAUAGCGAGACACCUUGGAACUGCCACCUGGUGCUUGGGCCAACAACACGCAUCCCACUCGGGACACUCUCGCCUGCACCUCACCAUCCCAAGCUUGUAGGUCAAUUGGCGGUUCCCUUCCCAUUGCCCGAUCUUAGCAGCACCGGUCUGGGUCCAGAUGGAGCUGGUCUGACGCGCGAGGAGCUCAAAGAUGUGAUUAUUGUGACGUGCUUGCAUCUGAUUGUACGCGAGAGCUUCGGCGGGCUCGCACGCAGGAGGAGCACGCCGAGCACAGAUGUGGCUGGUGCGAGCGCCAUGUCCGGCGCCAUGCUGGCAAACGUCAAUGGAUGGAGGCUCGCGAGCGUCCCCAAGAAGCAGACGUAA